AUGUCUUAUAUGUUGUCACAUCUUCACAAUGGAUGGCAAGUGGAUCAGGCAAUAUUAUCUGAAGAAGACAGAGUAGUUGUAAGUUUUUGAUUGAAUUCCAUCAACUUUUACAGGUUAUCAUGUGCGAAAUUUUAUUUAAUACAAAUUUUAUUUUAAUAACUACUCCAUAACACAAUAACAUUAUUAUUUGUAAUCAGUGCAAACAAUAAGUUUUUUACUUAUAAUAAACUAAAUAAUAAUACAUAUAAUUAUAUUUGUUUAAUUUUUUUUAGUUUGAUUUCUAAAUUAAAAUAAAUGUAUCAGAAUUAAAUUUCACAAAUGAAAGUAUAAAUGCAGGUUUUUUUUUUUUAUAACAAAAGUUAAGGGUUAAAGUUUAAAUUUUUUAUUAACAUUAGUUUUACCAGGAAGAGUCAAGUGAUUCCUUUGCAUUCGAACGCAGAUAACUUUGGAAAUAAAUGCUUAAAAUAAUGAAAAAUAAAAUUUGCAUAAUGAAAUAAUAAAAAAUGGUCUUUCAGAUGAAGAAUUUACUUGCAUUUUUUGCCAAAUUGUUCCGUCUAUAGCAACUUUUCUAUUGUUUCGUUAUCUUUAGAGUCUGUAUAUAAUAUUUUUUUUUUCAUCAUCAGUGUUUAAUGAUCAUUCUUACUCUAUGCCAUCAUCACUUUCAAAUAAGUCAUUUUUAGUUUUAAAUUGUCUGUCUUCAUCAAUUUUAGACCAUUUUUCAAUUAUAUUAUUUAUUUCUUCUAAUUUUUUGUUUUUCAAAAUUCUAAAUUAAAAAAAAAUAUAUAAAAUUAAUUAUUAUUGUUAUAAGUUUGUUCUCAUUACUUACUUACCUAAAAUGAUACAUUUAACAUGCAAAUUUCACGUAUAAAUAGUAUUAUUUGUAAUUGAACUCAAUGUGAAGUAAAUAUUUGAAAAAAAACUGGCGAAUUACUGCAAUGGUGUAUAAUUGAUCAUUGUGAUCAAUUGCAAUUUGUUAUAUGAUAGUUACAGUAUCCGAAUAAAAAAGUGAUAUCGUGGAAUUCCUUAAUUAUGUUUAGAAGUGGCACAGAGGAUUUCUAAAUUUGUUUUAGGAUUGUGAUUUAUUUUAUGAUAUUGAUAUUUAUAUGUGGAAUGAUUUUAGAAUAGACAAUAUUUUAAAAUAUUUAAGAGAUUAAAUGACUGUUUAUGGUAAAUAUAGGUAUAUUAUGUACAUAUAUCAGAUUCUGGAGAAAUAGAUUUGCUAAAUUAAUUUUAUAAUUAUUACAGGAAAAGUUAAUUGAAAACAGUGACUAAACAUAGAAAAUAAUUUUAAGUCAAAAUUUUAAAAAUAGUCAGUUAAUUUCAUCCUGUUGAUAAAAAUAAUGUUAAAAUGUUUUAAAUUUUUGUUACUCAUAUUAAUAUUUAUAUGGUUACUCAUUUUAAAUUUUUGUUACUCAUAUUAAUAUUUAUAUGGUUACUCAUAGUAAUAUUUAGAUAUUUUCUUAUCUCUAAAUUUGUGAUGACUAAAAUAUUAUUUAACAAUAAAACUACCAAUGACUAAAUUAUAAAUUGUAUUAGAAAAAUAAAAGUUUCAGGAACAGAGAGAAGUUUAUAAUACAGUGAAAGAUAUAUACAGAAUAAAGAUUAUUUAAAUCUUUAAAGAUGUUAUAACUCUGUGAAAUUUUUAUGAAAAAUUAUAAAUUAUUCAUUUUCAUCGUCCUAGUGGUUCUAUACUUUAUUCGACAAGUUAAGUCAUCAGUGAUAAAUAGAUGCACGUAGCUAAGACAGAAGUGUACUCUACAUUUUUAAUUGCAAAAAUGAAUAUAAAAAGAAAAUAUGACACAAUAAAUAAAGUUAGUUUUAUAUAAUUAAUUUCUCAAAACUAACUAAGAUUUAUAGGGAUCUUAGUUGGAAAUUCUCUAAAGAAUGCAAAAAAAUGUCUAAAAAUUUCAAAUUUGACACGCUAAGUCUGGAAUAUAUCCAUAUCAUAAAUCGAUACAUACUGCCACAUCAGAUUUACAUGAUAAUCCCAGAAAGUCACAAGAAAAUUUUCAUUUUUCUAAGCAUAUAAUGACAAAAUAAUAAAAAAUAUGACUCAUGUCCUUAUUCACAAUAUGUUUAUUUUGCUGGUGGUCAAUGUGGCCCUUUAGUGCACUCAUUUAAUUUUGGUAAUUGUUUUUGAAUAUUAUUGUUUUUGAAUGUUUUCUAGUAUUACAAGUUUAAGAAAAUAACUAUCUACGAUGUUUACACGUGAUAUACGUCUCGAGUAUUAUAACAAUUGUAAUAAGCAUGGUUUGUAAUAAAUUAGCAAAAUUUUGUUAUUGGAAAACAUGUUAUCAGAAAAUAUUGCAAAUUACAAUUUGAAAGAUAUGGAAAUAAAACAUUGGAUAACUUUAAAUAUUGAUAAAAUGUGAAAGAUAAGAAUGUGAAAGCUGGACCUUUAUACAAAAACAAUAAAAGGAAAAUGACAAAUAAAUAAGAUAUAGUAAUGCAAACAUUUGAAGCAUAAAAAAUUCAUGUUCUCUUUUAAUAUUUUUUUAAAUAUCUGAGCAUAGAGUUUUAUUACAUAAAAUGUAUUGGAAAUAAGAAAUGAGAAAUUCAACUCGGAUGUUUUAGGCAAUUUUUAUUAUCAUGAUUUAGAAAAGAAAGCUUUGUCGUAAAUUAAAGCAUGUAGAAUAAUGGAUAAAUAAAAAAUGAUAGAGGUCAGAAUUAGAUAUCAUAGCAAGAUAGAUAUAAAUUUUAUAUCUAAUUUGAUAAAUAGCCAAAAAUAUAUGGAUUUAAUGGAUACAUAUUAGUUACAUUACACAGAAAAAUGGGAUUUUUCAUUCUUAUGAAGUCUACAAAAUUACGUAUUUUUGUACAAAAAAUAUAAAAAUUCUGAAUUAAUUCUGAAUAAAUUCUGAAUAAAUUCACUAGAAAAAAUCUAAUUAGAUUUAUUCAGAUAUGUUUACGUAACAGAAAAGUAAUUUAAAACAGUAGAAGUAAUUAAAAUUGAAAAAAAUUAAAGAAUUGUGUAAAAGAUAUAGUUAAAAAAUGUCUUUCCUAUUCUUUUUUAUCUAAAUAUUGCCAUAUUUAUAAUACUUCUAUUUAUAUUCCUUUUAGGUUCCUUUCUGUAAUUUUUAUAAAUUACAUUUUAUAAAAAUGAUUUUUAAUAUAAUUACCAUAUAUAAUGGAAUGGAUAAUAUGUGAAGUAUAGAAGUAUAUAUUUUUUUGUGUAAAGACAGUAUUGAUGUACAUUAACACGACAAAUUGAUAUAUAUUGAAUUUUUAGACCCAUACUCAAAAAUGUAAAUUCAUAUAAUUUCGCAUCAACUAAUUUCGCAAGUGAAAUAUGCAAAAUACUUUUUUUGAUAUAAAAUUAUAAUCUUAACUAAAUUUUUAAAUGGUAUAUUUCUCGAAAAUAAAGUGUUAUAUGAAAAAAUUAUAUUCUUUUUUGGUUCAUUUUUACAUAACGGUAAUCUUUUGAUCAUCAUCUUUUGACUGGUUAUAUCACAAUUUAGGAAAAAUUUUACAUACCUAAAUGUCAUUGUCACAAAUAAAUUCUUUAUAUAUUUACGAAAAACAUUAUAUUUACAAUAAACAGUAAAUUAGUAUAAAUAAAUAGUAAAAAUAAUAAUUUAAAUAAUUUUUUUGUAUACAAAUUUAGAGAGAAGUUCAAUAUUAAUAUGAGUAACGAUGCAUAUAAAUUGUAUAAAAAUUAUGUAAUUAUAUAAUUAUAUAAAUUAUGUAAUUUUUUAGGUUAUUAGAUUUGGCCAUGAUUGGGAUCCAAUGUGUAUGAAAAUGGAUGAAGUUCUUUAUAAUAUUGCUGAAAAAGUAAAAAAUUUUGCUGUCAUCUAUCUAGUUGAUAUUACACAAGUACCUGAUUUUAAUAAAAUGUAUGAAUUGUACGAUCCUUGUACAGUUAUGUUUUUCUUUCGAAAUAAACAUAUAAUGAUUGAUUUGGGAACUGGAAACAACAAUAAAAUAAACUGGACAUUAGAAGACAAACAAGAAAUGAUUGAUAUUAUUGAAACAGUUUACAGAGGUGCCAGAAAAGGUAGAGGUUUAGUAGUUUCACCUAAAGAUUAUUCUACAAAAUAUCGUUAUUAAUUAAUUUUAUCGAUGAAAGUAUUAUUUUGUAUUAAUUGUGAAUCUGAAAAAAUGUGACAUAACUGAGUUUAUAUUAAGAAAUAAAAAUACAGUGUAAUUACAUAUAAAUAUAACAUUAUAUAUAAUAUAAAUAUAUAUAUUUAUAUUUAUAUUUAUACAGUUUAUUAUAAAAAUAUUAUAUAA